AUUUUUAAUUUUUUUACAAUGAAAUUUGCAUACAAGUUUAGUAACUUGUUAGGUACAGUGUACAGAAAAGGAGAUUUAAUAUUUACCCCUGAUGGAAAUUCUGUUAUUAGUACAGUAGGAAACAGAAUCAGUAUCUUUGAUUUAAAAAAUAAUAAAUCCACAACAUUGCCUGUGGAAAGUAGAUUCAAUUAUAAUGCGUUAGAUCUAAGCCCAAAUGGAUGUACUCUAAUUGCUAUAAAUGAAGAGGGAGAUGCACAUAUGAUAAGUUUAAUUUCUCAGACCAUUAUACACAAAUAUCGAUUUAAAAGGAAAGUGCGUGCUGUUAAAUUUAGCCCCGACAGUAAACACUUUGCCGUUUGCAAGGAAAAUAAUGUGUUUGUUUUUAAAGCACCUGGUCCAUUUUCUGGACAAUAUAAUGCUUUUAUUAUGGAAAGAGUAUACCACGGCGCUUAUGAUGAAACUACCUGCCUUGAUUGGUCUACGGAUUCGAGAAUUUUGGCUGUUGGUUCUAAAGAUAUGGCCACUAAAUUGUAUCCUCUUGAUAAGUGGGCUAACUUUAGAAUAUAUUCAUUGGGCAAUCAUACCGAUGGAAUAGUAGGUUGUUUUUUUGAGGAGGGAAACUAUGAUAUAACUACUGUUUCAAGAAAUGGCCAAACUUGUGUUUGGGAAUGUACAAUAGACCCAAAAGAUUUGGUACCAAUUGAUAAAGCACCUCCAAGAAAAAAGAAGAAAAUUUCUAGUGAUUCUGAAGAAGACGAUGUAGAUGUGACCAAAUCACGAGAAAGAACAGAAGAAGAAAUAACUGCAGCCUUAAACGAGGUGAGUGUGAACGAAGAGGCUGGAAAUAAAACCAAUGAAGUAAAUAAAUUGUUUUACAAAAGAAUUGCCAGGCAUUACUUGGGGGAUGAAGUAAGAAAAGACAAUAGACAAGCCGUUUUGACAGCUGCUGCGUAUCAUAGAAAAACUAGGAUAUUAGUUACAGGCUACUCAACUGGGGCAUUUUUUAUUCAUGAACUGCCUGAAGUAAAUUUAAUACAUUCUUUAAGCAUUUCCGAUCAAAAGGUAUCAUCUAUUUCCUUGAAUUGUACCGGUGAUUGGAUUGCUCUCGGAUGUAGUGGACUUGGACAGCUACUUGUGUGGGAAUGGCAAAGUGAAACAUAUGUCAUGAAGCAGCAAGGCCACUCUAAUAAUAUGAGCUGCGUGUCAUAUUCCACCGAUGGUCAGUUGUUAGCAACUGGAGGUGAAGACGGCAAAGUAAAACUUUGGAAUGUACAUUCUGGGUUCUGCUUUGUAACGUUUAAUGAACAUUCAAACAGCGUGACGGCGAUAACUUUCAGUGGUAAUAAGAAAUUUGUCGUUUCAGCCUCACUUGACGGCACGGUACGAGCGUACGAUGUUUUAAGGUACCGUAACUUUAGAACCUUUACGUCGACGAGACCUGUUCAGUUUUCUUGUGUUGCUGUGGAUAGUAGCGGAGAAUUUGUAGCAGCAGGAGGUCAGGACAUUUUCGAAAUAUAUCUCUGGUCAGUGAAAACCGGCAGACUUUUAGAAAUCUUAGCCGGGCAUGAAGGACCUGUGUCUAGUUUGGCGUUUAGCCCUAUUAUGACCAGCACGGUGUUAGCUUCGGUUUCCUGGGAUAAAACACUGAGAGUUUGGGAUGCCAUAGAAAAAGGCUCGGCUCAUGAAACGAUCGAAUUGACCGCUGACGGCAUCUGUGUAGUUUUCAAGCCAGACGGACAAGAUGUCGCCGUUGCAACUCUCGAUGGUCAAAUUUCUAUUUUUAACGUAAAAACUUCUCUCCAGGUGUCUUCUAUUGAAGGAAGGAACGAUCUAGGGAGCGGAAGAUCUGAUACAGAUUUAAUUACAGCAAAGAAAUCUUUACAGGCCAAGUCUUUUACAAGUUUGUGCUAUUCUGCUGAUGGUGAAUGUCUCUUGGCUGGUGGUCAGUCUAAAAAUGUUUGUAUUUACAAUGUGAAAGAGUCUUUACUCCUCCGAAGGUUUGAAAUUACCCAAAACAGAUCGUUAGAUGCAGUUGAUGAUUUUAUCAACAGACGAAAAUUGACAGAGUUUGGUAAUGUUGCACUAAUUGAGGAAAGGGAAGAAAGGGAGGGUGGAAACGUUAGUAUUAGACUGCCUGGGGUUAGAAAGGGCGACAUGGCUAGUAGAGUUUUCAAACCAGAGGUAAGGGUGUUUUCAUUGCAAUUUUCUCCGACGGGGCAGCAAUGGGCUGCCGCCACAACCGAAGGUCUUUUAAUUUACUCUUUAAACUCAGAUCUUGUUUUUGAUCCCUGGGAUUUACAAAUAGGCAUUACCCCUGCCGCGGUACGAGAAGCCGUCGAAGAGCAAGAUUUUGCGAAUGCUUUGAUCAUGUCCAUGAAACUUAACGAAGCAAAGUUAAUACAGGAGGUUAUCGAAAGCAUCCCUACAAAAGACAUUGAACUAAUUAUCGCCGGUCUGGGCACCCAGUACGUUCAAAGGCUAUUAAUAAUAAUCGCGAGCUGCUUGGACAGUUCGCGACACUUGGAGUACUACCUGUGUUGGGCGCAGCACAUUCUGACCAUGCACGGGCCGAAAAUCAACGCCCAAAAAAACAUGCCUGCUUUGCUCGCCUUAGAGAAAAGCCUCGUUAGGAAGUACGAUCAGAUAUCAAAAAUAUGCGAUUACAAUAAGUACACAUUGCAGUAUAUUUCGAGCUUAGGCGACGUGUUUAGUAAAAAAUUGAAAUUGGAGAAAAUGGAUGUUGAGAGUGAAGAUGAUGAAGAGGCCGGUGGGAGUGAUGUAAGUGACGAAAGUAAUGAUGUAGAACUCGAUUAAAGUUUUAAGAAAGUA